CACUCGAUCCCGUUCAGCCUUUCCUUCAGAAUUCUCAAUGACCUAACGUCUUUGUACUUGACUGCUGCGAAGAGCUCGAGGAAAACCACUCAUGGAUGCCAAAUCCAACAAGCGCCGGGUUACCGAGGAAUCUCUGGCAGAAAACAGACCCUCAAAGCGACCCAUAAUAGCGGCGGAUACUACUCCAUCUUUCUUCGAUAGAUACGGACUCCAAAACAGUGGAAGUGGGGAUAUCAAGGUGACUGGGAAUGUGACCAUAGGUGCUAGGACGGAGAAGCUCAAUGACUGUCUACGCGACCUCUUCGUAACUAAUCUGCUCGAGGACAAGAACGCAUUGAAGCGGAAGAAAGGAGACCGUGCUCUCAGAACCUGCGAGUGGAUACUCCGCACGGAAGAGCUCACUGCCUGGCUUGGUUCCGGCCAGACAGCGGGCCAGGAGAGCGAGACGACCCAUGUCCUAUGGCUCCAUGGGAAUCCAGAGACUGGGAAAUCGACCAUGGCCAUAUACCUUACCGAGGAGCUGUCGACAGCUUUCUCCAAAACGAACAGAAAAAUGCUAGCCUACUUUUUCUGUGACUCUGGCUUCGCGACACGGAAGGAAGCGACCUUGGUUAUCAGAGGACUUCAACCCCCCGAAUCCCCUGAACCUACCUAGCCAGAACCCCCGGAAAAAGGUUAUCCCCUCCCGACUAGCCCAGGAAAUCCUAACUAGGGGCCACAACAUGCCGGUAGCCCUGUCACGGUUGGCGCCCAGCUGCACCGAACCCCGCCAUGACGCUACCCGGCACUAUCCCCAAUCGGGACUGGGGCCCUAGUGGGGCGCGAACUCUAUUGGUCCGUGCGCGAUUGGCACAACCACCACUUCCCCGCGCCCGGGAUCAC